AUGGGAACGAAAAAGUGUAUGCAGUUUGGGCCUAACGAAGAUGAAGAAAACGAGUGUACCUAUGACAAAGUUAUCGUCAAGCUUCUAAAUACAGAAACAUUCCUUGACUACACUAUUAGACAUUUGGAGGUUCGCAUGAAUGAUGAACCAAGACGAAGAAUUCGUCAAUUUCAUUUCAAAUCCUGGCCUGACAAAGAUGUUCCCGAUAGUACAUGGUGUCUUGUUAACUUCUGGAGAGUCGUUGAUACCAAUGCUAUAUCUAAAGCAGGCCCAAUAGUUGUUCAUUGCUCGGCUGGAGUUGGGAGAACUGGAACAUUCAUUGGUCUUGACAAUAUGGUGAAUCAAGCCCGUGUAGAAGGUUUUGUGAGACCAUUACAGGUUGUUCAGACUUUGAGACAGCAAAGAGUUAAUAUGGUUCAGACAAAGGAGCAGUAUGUCUACCUGCAUGAAGCUGUUGCUGAUGCCAUGUUGUUUGGUACCCAUAUUGUGUGGACCAAGCAGUUUGGUGACGUCCUAUCAUUUAUGACACAGAAUGAGGAGAAUAACACAAGAACAAGACUACAGAUACAGUUUCAGCUUAUUGAAGAAAGCGUGGUGAAUUCUUCGUCAGAAGUUUCAGAAAGUCCGGAAUAUUCUAAUGUUGAGACACUUUUGUCAGAAAGCGAUGCAUACAGGCCGAAAUUGAAGAAUAGAGGGUCAAAAUUUGUACAGCAGUUGCGUGCCAUGUAUAUCCCUAAUUACAAGGGAAAGAGCACAUUUCUUGUGUCAAUGUCACCAGAUAAAGAUACAAUGGAAGAGUUUUGGUCUCUUGUUGACGACAACAACAUCAAGACAGUUAUAAUGCUAACAGAACAGUCAUCUCCAAGCUAUCAGUCAAGCUGUGAACUAGGUUCGAGUUCUAAAGGCGCAAGCAUAUUUAGUGUUAACAAGAAAGAGGAGAAAAUAAGAAAGGGUUACACACAGAGAACCUUCACCUUUAAGGAAAGUGGCAGAGAG